AUGUUUCCGACCGCCGAGCUCUCGACUGACGGCCUCGAGUUCGACGUCCACUUUGACCAUGCACCGGACGCAGGCAGGCUCCGCCGCAUGGCAGCCGAAGUCGCCGCCUUCGUAGGCGACUACAUCUGGCAGAAGGAGCCUCUGUGCCUGGAAGCGCCCAUGACCACGUGGACCUCGGCGACGACGCUGCAUGGCAAGAUGUAUGUUGGCGACAACGUCGAGGACGAAUGGGUCGCGACCGCUGCCUUGAUGUCGCUGACAAAGGCGCACGCCGAUAUGACGCUCCAGGUUGCCGACGCCGAUGGUCAGUUCCUCCUCAUUGAAGCGGCCGAAGCGCUGCCCAUGUGGGUGACGCCCGAGAACUCCAACAACCGCGUCUUCCUGCGUCAUGGCCGCGUCUAUCUCCUCACGGACGACGUCGAGAAAGGGCACUUGGAUCUAGCAAUUGCGCUAAAGACGCUCACGACGACGCCGUCCAAGCACGAAGCGCCAAGUGACGUCCAGCGAAUCCUUCUCGCCCGACUCGAGGCGGCGCAAACGCACUCGAUGCAGCGAAGCAUCAACCGCCACACAGUUCAGUGUCGCAUGCCGACGUCUGCCGCCAUUGUUCUCCAAGAGACCCCCCGCGCCGUAGCCUACGCCGUCGAAGCCUUCUACUACCGCGAGCCUACCGAAGCCACGCGGCUCUGUCGCCACAUGCAGCGCUUCUCGCCAACUGAUAUGACGACCGUCAUGGUACCGUUCUCUCGGUGCAUGUUCGCCCAGCUCAAGCAGCAGCCAUUUGCGGCGCCCAAGCCCUUUGGCAUCCUCGACGAAGCCGACGACGCAGCGAUCCUGGGCAUGAAGCUCACGUGCGGCCUCGAGCUCCUGUAUGCCAGCCACACCAAAGACCACAUGGGCGCUCUGUGGUCAUCGCGCAUUGACGCAGCCACCAAUAUGCCGCUGCAACGAUCACCGCUUGAGCCCAAUGACGAUGACGCGUGGCUCUACGUGGCGCCUGAGAGUUUAGAGGAGACACUGCGCAAGGCCGAGUCCCGCGUGCAAGACGGCAACGCCGACGAGCUCCAGGACAUGGCCACGAUGUUCCACUCGUUCGUCAAGGAAGCGUCCGAGUUCGACGGUGUCGACAUGUCUGCGAAGACGUUGGCGCCCGUGAGCCUGGACAUGGAUGCGCUCAUGGCAAUUCUCAACCAAACGACUGCGACGCCGUCCGAGAAGCCGCACGCGCCAGAAGACAACGACGCGUAUUUCUUCUCGAGCGAUGACGAGGACGACGACAGUGAUGACGAGGAUGACGAAGAUGACGCCGCCAUGGACCACCUCAUGGAGCAGCUCAUGGACGAGAUGGACAUGGAGCUCACCGACUCCAAGAUGGCCAAGAGCUUCCAGACGACGACGACGACAACGAUGACAACCAGCGACGAGGCCGACGACGACGCGUCACAACUCACACCCGUCAACCUCGACUUGAACCUCGUGUCGAACCUACUCGAGUCGCUAACGUCGCAGGAAGGCCACGCUGGACCUGUCUCCAACAUGCUUCACGACAUGGGGUUCCGGUCGUAG